AUGACCAACCGGACCCGCUCCUCCCGCAGCCUCCACGCUGUCACCUGGGCCCAUGAAGGCCGCUGGGGCUCUCGGGCUGCCGGUUCUCUGGCGCCGUCAGGUCAUGGACUCGUCCUCUGCGUGCCCCUCACCCUUGGGGCUCAGCAUCUGCAGAAGCUCAGGAGCCCUCGCACAGGACCUGCAUGGGGUCGCCAGCCGCCUCCUCCGACAGACAGCCGGGUCUUCGGAGACUCCCCAGGGGAAGAUUUCACCCUGGACUGUGUCAGCCCAGGGAAGGUGAGGAGUUAUAGUCGAGAUCUGAAAACAUGGAAGAAAAGGACAAGCAAGAGUAGGAAGUUAAAGAUGAAGAAUCCUUGCCCUGGCUCUUCUUUCAGGGCUCUGUCCCAACAGCCACACUCGAGUCCCUGCAGAACAAGGCCUUACUCUAGAAGCAAAGGGUCUGAGUCCCUUCCUGAUGUGACACCUCUCGUUUCCUCACAGAUCACAGACCUGCAGAUAGUGACUAUGGAAAAUGACUCUUCAGUGAUGGAGUUCAUCCUGGUAGGACUUACAGAUCAAUCUCAGCUCCAGUUACCCCUUUUCUUUCUCUUCUUACUGAACUAUGUGGUCACUGUGGUAGGGAAUUUGAGCUUAAUUAAUCUAAUUUGUCUGAAUUCUCAUUUGCACACUCCCAUGUACUUUUUCAUCUUCAACUUAUCCUUCAUAGAUCUCUGCCACUCUUUGGUCAUUACACCUAAAAUGCUGAUGAACUUUGUGUCAGAAAAAAAUAUCAUCUCCUUUACAGAAUGCAUGACUCAGCUGUUUUUCUUCUGUUUCUUUGUCCAUUCUGAGAGCUAUGUGUUGACAGCCAUGGCCUAUGAUCGCUAUGUGGCCAUCUGUAAACCCCUGCUGUACACAGUCACCAUGUCCUCUCAGGUCUGUUCUCUGCUGAUGUUUGGUUCUUAUGUGAUGGGGUUUGCUGGUGCCAUGGUCCACACAGGGGACAUGGUCAGAUUGUCCUUUUGUGAUUCCAACAUCAUCAGCCAUUACAUGUGUGACAUCUUUCCCCUCCUCCAGCUCUCCUGCAGCAGCACCUAUGCCAGUGAGCUGGUGACUUCUGUUAUUGUAGGCACAGUUGUCAUAAUAUCCAGCUUCAUUAUUUUCAUUUCUUAUGCUUUGAUCCUGUCCAGUGUCCUCCACGUCUCAUCAGCUCAGGGUUGGUCCAAAGCCUUCAGCACUUGUGGCUCCCACAUAGUAACUGUUGGCCUAUUCUAUGGAUCUGGGUUGUUCACACAUCUCAAGACCUCUCCUGCUGGUUCUAUGGGCCAGGGGAAGUUCUUCUCAGUAUUUUACACCAAUGUAGUACCCAUGUUGAACCCUCUCAUCUAUAGUCUAAGGAACAAGGAUGUCAAGUGUGCUCUGAAAAAAACCCUGAAGAGAAUUGCAAAUUAA